CACGAUGUUCGUCAUGUUAGUGCGCCACACGACCAAGAUCUAUAUUUUUUUUUCCACUCUUAACUUAUGAGUAUGUUUCUCGCUCCUUUCGGAUCGCCACAAUUUCCUCACUUUUCAGCUCUCAAACUCCAAAGCCAAAGGUUUUCCCCUUCAUCUCUCUAAUCAGUUAGCCAACUACCCACAACAACAACCACUAAUCCAACACAACAAUUCUCAACUUCUCUCUUUUGACUUUUUUUCUUUUGUUUUUUCCUUUUGCUUCUCAUUCUUCUGUUUCAUUCAUUCCAUUUUCAGCCCCCCAUUGUCACACUCACAAUAUUUCUUCAGUUUUAGCUCACCAUUGUCACAAUCUGGGGUGUUCCUUUUUAUUUUUAUCUGUUUUACUUUUUUUUUUUUGGUAUUUAUUCUUUUAGAUUUACAAUAUGGGGUUUGAUGAGAAGAAGGAAAUUGGAGAGAAAAGUGAAGCAGAGAAAGAGAUUGUUAACCAAGAUAAUGAAGAAUCAGAGAAACUUGGUAGGCAAACGAGUGAGAAUUCUAUCUGUACAACUGACCAUGAACAUGAAGAUGAAGAUUAUGAUGGUAAAAUUGAUUUGGGUCCUCAAUAUACCAUUAAAGAGCAAUUGGAAAAAGAUAAGGAUGAUGAGAGUUUGAGAAAGUGGAAGGAACAACUCCUUGGAAGUGUUGAUUUGAAUGAAAUUGGAGAAAGUUUGGAACCAGAAGUGAAGAUUCUAAGUCUUACGAUUCUCACACCAGACAGGCCGGCCAUCUAUCUUCCGAUGCCUGAGGAUGGAAAACCGAAAUCACCUUGGUUUACAUUGAAGGAAGGUAGUCGUUACAAAUUGAAAUUUACGUUUCAGGUUAACAACAACAUUGUUCUUGGCCUUAAGUACGCCAACACUGUAUGGAAAACUGGAAUAAAAGUGGAUAGCACAAAGGAGAUGCUUGGAACGUUUAGUCCUCAAGCAGAACCAUAUGAUCAUGAGAUGCCAGAAGAGACUACUCCUUCGGGUUAUUUUGCCCGUGGAUCAUACUCUGCAAGAACAAAGUUCCUUGAUGAUGAUAAGAAAUGCUACUUGGAGAUCAAUUACACAUUCGACAUUCGUAAAGAUUGGUCAAGUACAUGAGUCAAGAUAUUUGGGGAUGAUCAUCAAAACUCUCUUAGCUUGACCAGAUCAUUUCAACCUAUGCAACAUUUCGUUGUUUUAAACAUAAGAUGGGGGAAAGGAUGAAGGAAAGAAACAAAAAUGUUGGAAGAUUUUGUUGUGUAGUAGGAGUAGCUGCCUUUGUUGUUUCUGCACCAAUCUGAUUCUUGGUGCGUCCAAACAAUUUUAAUUCUAUUGGAAAUUUCUUUAUUCA